UCAUCUGAAAUCAGAUACUUCAAUUCUGUAUUUCUGUGGCUGAACACACAAGUUUGUUUAUUUCAUCCAAAUUACUUCAAAACCCUGGCAACGAGUAUACUUAGGAUGUAGAUGAGCUGGACUUUUUUAAAGCUACAUAUGUUCAUGAGAAUUCUUUGAGGUUCUUACAGAAAGCUUUGCAGUGCAGUUGUUUAUCCUUUUUAAAGUCAACAGUUGACUCCUGGUGUUCUCUGGCAGGCAUUUUCUCUUCUCUCGGUAUCACCUAACUGGUUUGGAGCAUCCUGAGUGCUGGGUCGUGCCAGAACGAUGAGAAGGUGCCAGAGUCCUGGUAUCCAGCCAAACAGAUGUAGAUCUGAGGCUCGGCAACAUGAUAAUAUCACCCAGAUGACCUGUGCCAGGGCCAGGACAGGGACCAAUGUUGGGGCCGCCUCCUCGAUCCCCACUCCUGCCCCUCUCUGCCCACAGAAUGUGAUGGCAGUGGCCACUCUUGGGCCCUCAGCUGAGAUUAAUGUGACCUUUGCGGAUGUUGCCGUGUUCUUCUCCAGAAUGGAAUGGCGCCUCCUUAAUGAGGCUCAGAAACAACUAUACCUUGAAGUGAUGCGGGAGAAUUUUGCACUUAUAUCCUCUUUGGGUUGCUGCUGUGGAGCAGAGGAUGCUGCGACACCCAAUGAAGAGAAUGUUUCUGUAAGAGCGUCACAGACAGAGAAUCCUGAUGUAGCUUUGUCUUCCCAGAAAAGCCACCCCUGUGAGCGUUGUGCGCCAGUCUUGAAAGACAUUUUCCACCUGGUUGAGGAGCAGGGAGCACAGCACAGCCAGAAACUGUUGAGGUGUGGCGCAUGUGCAAAACAGUUUUAUUUCAGUGCCAAGUGUCACCAGGACCAGAACAUGAGAGAGAAACCUUUCCUAAGAGGUGUGGACAGGGUCUCACUUGCAAAAGCCUGCAAUUUCAGUGUGUCCCAGAAGCUUUUUACCUGUGGGGAGGUUGGACAGGAAAUCCUUUCCAGCUCAGAUCAUAUCCAAGAACAGGCUACGUACACCAGGGACAAGCCAAAUGAAAUGUUGAUGUCUGGAGUGAGUUUUCAAAGGAAAAUCAAUGAUUACACCAGGAAAGAAUGUAAGAAAGCCGUGGGCUGCAACCACACACUUGCUCCAGAUCAAGCUGUCCUUGCUGGAAGACAGUGUUUUAUGUGCCAUGAAUGUGAAAAAUGUUUUACAAGACUCUCUGGCCUUCGUUAUCAUCAGAAAGUUCACACAGGGGAAAAGCCAUAUAAGUGCAAUGAAUGUGGGAAAUGCUUUAAAGAUCGCUGUGGCCUUAUUCAACACUGUCGAGUUCAUUCUGGAGAAAAACCUUACAAGUGUGGCGAAUGUGGGAAAUCCUUUAGCCAAAGUACCAGCCUCAUUCAACACCAGAGAGUUCACACUGGAGAAAAGCCAUAUAAGUGCAAUGAAUGUGGAAAAUAUUUUACCAGAAUCUCUAGCCUUUAUUGUCAUCAGAGAGUUCACACUGGAGAAAGGCCUUAUGAGUGCAGUGAAUGUGGAAAAACUUUUAUCAGGAACCAUCAUUUGCGUUGUCAUCAGAGAAUUCACACUAGAGAAAUGCCUUAUGAGUGCGGUGAAUGUGGAAAAGCUUUUAUCAGGAACUCUGACCUUCGUUGUCAUCAGAGAUUUCACACUGGAGAAAGGCCUUACGAGUGCAGUGAAUGCGGGAAAUCUUUUAUCAGUAGUUCUGGCCUCCGUUACCAUCAGAGAUUUCACACUGGAGAAAAGCCUUAUGACUGCAAUAUAUGUGGGAAAUCUUUCGCCUGUAGCAGUGGCCUCCGUUAUCAUAAGAGAUUUCACACAGGAGAAAGGCCUUAUAAGUGCACUGAAUGUGGGAAAGCUUUUGUCAGGAACAUUCAUUUGCGUUGUCAUCAGAAGAUUCACACUAGAGAAAGGCCUUAUGAGUGCAAUGACUGUGGGAAAUCUUUCAUCAGCAACUCUGAACUUCGGUGUCAUGAGAGAUUUCACACUGGAGAAAGUCCUUAUGAGUGCAGUGAAUGUGGAAAAUCUUUUAGCCAAAAUUCUAAGCUCUCUAAGCACAUGAGAAUUCACAUGGGAAGAAGUUCCUAGAUGUGUAGGAAAUGUACAGAUUUUAUGUUUGGUGUUAACACUGAAGGAAACUCUGAGGCUCCAUUUUCCUAAAUGUAAUCUCAUACAUUGAACUGUCAACAGUGAGAGACUUUCCAUAAGUUUUAGUUAAUGUGGGAAGUAUGUGUGCCUGGAUUGUACUUUCUAACCUGUUUAGGGCUCUUGCCAGAUUUAUGUCACUAUGAAGUUAUAUGGCUGAAGCUAUUUCAGCUGUACCACCUGGCAGGUCUCCUUAGUUUGCAUCAGUCACCAUCCUAAUGUGCUCAAGAAAGCUGACUUUGUUCUCUGAUUUGUUGGAGGAAGUUAGGAGUAGCCUGAGCCCUAUGAGAUCUGCAUUUCCUUCACUCUGAGUAGUUGGGGCAUGGGCCUGAUCCACUGUUGACCCCCCAGAGAACAUAUUACUAUCUGAGCUGAGCUGAUGGCUUGCAGAAGGACUGCCUUUUCAGGGGCAUGGUUUUCUUAGAUACCUGUGGUGAAUAUUUCCAGUGUCAAAGUUACCAAUGCAAGAACUGCCAGAUCCCUUCCCUUUGCUUUGUAAAAUAAUGAAGGCCUUUUUGUUUAAGUCUUCUUUAACCUUGGAUGUUUUAUUUACUAUGUGGAGUAAGUUAUCAGCAGACUUGGGCUCUACAGCAUGAAGAGGUAAAGAACUUUAUGGGGGUCUCAAACUUUCUCUGCAUUCAAGGAUCCACUAUGGUGCCAAGAUUAGCUCACCAGUUUUUGUGAAAUUUACAUUGCUGCCCACAUGUUCCUAGAAAAGACUGCAGGGCUCUCUGGUACACGUGUGAAGCCUGGAUGCUAUGAGUUUUAGGAGACUCAAAUAACUUUCAAGAGGGGGCCAGUGUGACAACCCUCAAGUGCUUCUGACAGCAGAUGAAUUUUUCCCUUGUUCACAAGGUACUUUUGAAGAUCUUGCAAAGGGCCAUGGGUCCUAAUAUCUACAUUUCCAUGGGUGAUGGUCACUUGGUUAUAGGACCAUAGGGGCUAGGGGAAACCAUGACUGAUACCAAAUAAUGACUGGAGAAGACUGCAGCCAGCUAGGUGUAAUGCACCUCUUCUAGACAUGAAUCCAGAAUUAUUUCUGUGAAAAGACUGCAGGAUCAUUGUGUACACAGAUCUGAGGAUCUCCAGUGAUGUUUAUCUUCUGUGGCCAAAGUCAUUGUCAUUGAAAAUAAUCAAAAGGUUUUUUGGACUUGUGUACCCUCUGAGGUGUUCACUUGAAAACCAUUGUUGCCCAAGCAGGAAAUCAAAGAUAAAGAAAAUUGAUACCUGUAGUCCAAGGAUGUGGCUUUUGUGAUCCAGCCAGUGUUGCUAUUGAUUUGGGUGAAAGUCCUUCAUUGUUUGGUAUAUUUGAUGUCACUGAGGCAAGGCUGAUCCUUAGAGGGCAUGAGUAGGUUGCCAAACCUAUUUUCCAAAGACUGUUGGACAUACAUGUUUUAUUUUAUGUUGAACCAUUUUUCAAAACUUUUCGGUAGUAAACAGCAUAUUUCAAGUAUAGUAUCUGAUGAAUUUUGACGCAUUAAACUGAAACCAUCACCACAGUCAGUACUGACCAUAUCUGUCACUGUCUUUUUACCUUACAUCCUUUUCUAAUCUCCUUGUCCUUCACAGCUCUCCAAGUAACCAUUGAUUUACUUCUUAUUUUAAUAGAUAACUUUGCAUUUCCUAGAAUUUAUGUGAUGUGAAUAAAUGUAUUUUUUCUGCCUUCA